CUUCCCGUCCCGCUCUCCAACCGCGCGGGGCUGAGGGGGCUUCCGCGACGCCGUCUGCUGUGAGGCGUUGGCGAUCCCUCAGCACCCCGAGCUCAGCUGACUCAUCCUCCUUCGGCCAGAAACCCUCCUCCUGGGCCCGCGCGGGAGGAGCGGGGCUUCUGAGCGGAGCGGCGAGUCCGCCGGCCCCGGUCUCUUUCCCUGGCGGCGGCGGCGGCGGCUUCUUCCGUAGGACAAUAUGUUCAAGAGAAUGGCCGAAUUUGGGCCUGACUCCGGCGGGAGAGUGAAGGGGGUUACAAUCGUUAAACCAAUAGUUUACGGUAAUGUUGCUCGAUAUUUUGGAAAGAAAAGAGAAGAGGAUGGGCACACCCAUCAGUGGACAGUAUAUGUAAAACCAUAUAGAAAUGAGGAUAUGUCAGCAUAUGUGAAGAAAAUCCAAUUUAAAUUACAUGAAAGCUAUGGCAAUCCUUUAAGAGUAGUUACUAAGCCUCCAUAUGAAAUUACUGAAACAGGUUGGGGUGAAUUCGAAAUAAUCAUCAAAAUAUUUUUCAUUGAUCCUAAUGAAAGACCUGUAACCCUGUAUCACUUACUAAAGCUAUUUCAAUCAGACACCAAUGCAAUGCUGGGAAAAAAGACAGUGGUUUCAGAGUUCUAUGAUGAAAUGAUAUUUCAAGACCCAACAGCAAUGAUGCAACAGUUAUUAACAACAUCUCGUCAGCUUACCUUAGGAGCCUAUAAGCAUGAAACAGAAUUUGCAGAACUUGAAGUGAAAACCAGAGAAAAAUUAGAAGCUGCAAAAAAAAAAACAAGCUUUGAAAUUGCAGAGCUUAAAGAGAGAUUAAAAGCAAGUCGUGAAACUAUAAAUUGUUUAAAAAAUGAAAUCAGGAAACUCGAAGAAGAUGAUCAGACAAAAGAAAUAUAAACAGUUCUGAAGAGAACUUGAUAAACAUUGCCUCCGAUGAACCAGAUCAUUAUGAAGUGUCACGUGACAGUUCAGAGAAAUGAAAUGUGACCUGUGAAUGAUGUGAGAAGCUGAUGGGCCAGGACUUCUGGAAUUUUAUUGGAGGCACUUAUGGGUAAGAUCCUUGCUCUUCAGUGCAUCAUCCAGUGAACUGGGAUCGUAAUCCUGAUGUAAAAAUAGGUGGUGAAAGGUGUGGGGUUUAUCUGACUUCUGUCCCAGUCUAGACUCUCUGAUCUGGAUUUUUAAUUACUUUUAGUUAUUUUUAAUUAAAACAAUAUGUAAUUAACCAACUAGAUUACAGUAGCCUGUGUAAUAUGCCCCAUGACAUCCCCAACUCUGGGUAGCCGCCCCCACCCCAAUCUGCUUACUUUCCCACUUUCACUGGCUACCCACCCUAGCUUACCUGCUCUCUGUCCCUUACCAGGCUUCAUUGCUCUUCAGUAAUUCCUAUCUACCCUUAGUGAAUUCCUCAUCAAUGCUGUUUGAAAAUUCCCAGUCCACUGAAUCACCACUCCCCUUAUUCACUAAUUAAUAGAGUCGUAAAACUGAAAGGCAGCUUAGAGAACAUCUAGUUCAAUUCCCUCAUUUGAUGAGGGAGUAAAGUCUUGCAGAUAUUAAAUGACUUGCAAAGUCACACUGUCCUUUGGGGCCAGAGGU